UUUAUUCGAGGAUUGUUUAAAAACAUAUGAUUCGAUUUAUAACAAAAUAACCUAAUCGUGCCUUUGAACAUGAAAUCCCAGAUUAUCAAGACAAAACCAUUUACUGGUCAAAAGCCAGGCACAAGUGGUCUGAGAAAGCCUGUUGAUAUAUUUAUGGAAGAGCAUUACACUGAAAAUUUUAUACAGAGUAUAUUAAGUGGCGUUUUUGGAGAUGAUAUUACAGGCAAAACAUUAGUGGUAGGUGGAGAUGGUAGAUAUUACAACAAAGAAGCCCUACAAAAAAUUAUUCAGAUGUCUGCAGCAAAUCAAAUUGAAAAGCUAAUUAUUGGCCAAAAUGGAAUAUUAUCAACACCAGCAGUUUCAUGUGUCAUAAGAAAAUAUCAUACAGAUGGUGGUAUAAUACUUACUGCUAGCCACAAUCCUGGUGGCCCUCACAAAGAUUUUGGGAUUAAAUUUAAUACAUCAAAUGGAGGACCAGCGCCGGAACAAAUAACUAAUGAGAUUCACCUCUUCUCGGAACAUAUCAGGGAAUACAUCACUGUUCCAUCCUUGAAAGUGGACCUGAGUAAAUUGGGCGUCCAGAGAUUUCAAGUGGAUGGUCACGGGUUUACAGUCGAAGUCAUAGAUUCUGUCAGGGAUUACAUCGAGAUGUGCGAAAAAAUAUUCGACUUCGAACUCAUCAAAUCAUUCAUUGGAUCAAAGGAGAAGCCUUUCACUCCAUUGUUCAACGCCAUGCAUGGAGUGGUGGGCCCAUAUGUCCGGGGUAUUAUGGUGGAUAUUUUUGGCGUGCCGAAAGAACUGGCCAUCAACUGCGAGCCCAAGGAAGAUUUUGGCGGACACCACCCAGACCCUAACUUGACGUACGCCAGUGAUAUGGUAAACAUCAUGAAGACCCAUUCUAUACCCAAUCACCCGCAUUACGAUUUUGGUGCUGCCUUCGAUGGUGACGGGGAUCGUAAUAUGAUCUUGGGUGAGGACGGGCUGUUCGUGACCCCCUCGGACAGCGUCGCCAUUUUGGCCGAUAACCUUUCCGCGUCAAUGCCUUACUUCAACUCCGCGAAAGGUGGACAUCCAAUCAAAGGAUUGGCCAGAUCUAUGCCAACCUCUAUGGCUCUCGACAGGGUAGCCAAAGCUUUGAACGUCCCGUUUUUCGAGGUACCCACCGGAUGGAAAUUUUUCGGUAAUCUCAUGGACAAGGGCACUCUUUCAUUGUGCGGCGAGGAAAGUUUUGGAACGGGUUGCGAUAUUAUUAGGGAAAAAGAUGGGUUAUGGGCUUGUUUAGCCUGGCUAUCUGUUCUGGCUCAAACCAAACUACCCGUUUCUCAGAUACAAAUGAAGCAUUGGACUAAAUACGGGCGCAACUUUUUCGCUAGAUACGAUUACGAAAAUUGCGAUAGCGAAUCCUGCCACAAAAUGAUGGAACAGUAUGAAAAGGUUAUAACCGACCCCGGUUUCGUGGGUAAAACCAUAGCGGCCAAAAAGGUUACUUUGAGCGAUAAUUUUUCUUACAAGGACAUGACCGAUGGUACGAUCACGGCUCGUCAGGGUUUGCGCGUGAUUUUCGAUGACGGGUCCAGAAUCAUUCUGAGGCUGAGUGGAACCGGAAGUACCGGUGCCACUGUUAGGCUUUACGUGGAAUCCUACGUUAACGACAAAUCAAAAUAUCACGUGGAUGCUCAAGAAGCUCUCAAACCUCUGGUUCAAGCAGCCUUGGAGUUGUCACAGUUGAAACAAUUUACUGGACGGGACAAGCCAGAUGUCAUUACGUAAGAUGCACCCUUAUCCAAUAAUAUUCGCGAUUUCUGUUAUUAUUUUUUUCAUCCGCUGUCCGUAGACCUGAACUUAGAUAGAAUUUAACUAUACUGAUUAUAUUGCGUUUGAAUUAUACUCUAUUUAUACCCAUUUUCGCAUUAGUUCAUUUUUUUAAUUAAUCGUUUUCUUUAUAAGCAGUAAAGCACAAAACCCAGAUAAUAUCAUGUUUAUGGCAAUAAUAAUGUAUAUAAAUAUUUAAAAUCUAUUAUAAAUUUGCAAUUGAGAA